AUGUCGGAAAACAAGCAAUAUGCCACAUACAACGAUGUCCACAAUCUCUGCAAGAACUCGGCGAAAGAGCCCCUCGCGAACUGGGACAUCAACCUUAUAAUCGCCAUCGGUGGUGGUGGUUACAUCCCUGCCCGCAUCCUCCGGUCCUUCCUCAAGAAGCCUGGUCAAUCUAACAUCCCCAUUCAAGCCAUCGGUCUGUCCCUCUACGAAAAAUUGGGCACAGACAGCGUUGAGGAGGUCCCCGGUACCAAGGUCACCCGUUUGCAAUGGCUCGACAUGAACUCCUCGAUGGCCAACUUGAUCGGCAAGAACGUUCUUAUCGUCGACGAGGUCGAUGAUACUCGCACAACCCUACAAUACGCCGUGAACGAGCUCGAGGAGGAUGUUAAAAAAGCUCAGAAGCAGCUCCCUGCCAAUGAUCCGAGGAAGGACAAGGAGACUAAAUUCUUUGUCUUCGUUCUGCACAACAAGAAAAAGCCCAAGAAGGGUGAGCUGCCCACAGAUAUGACGGACAAUGACCAGCGUUACCACGCCGCGGUCACCACUGGGGAUGUCUGGAUCUGCUACCCUUGGGAGGCUGAGAAUAUUGAAGAGCACGAUAGUCAGGCCAAAUUGUCCCCUAUCGUCAAUAUUCCCCAAAAGCAUGUCGAAGAAGCCUCUACUGAGGCGGUUCAAGGAGAACCCUCUCCUCAGGUUGUUUAA